CCUUGUGCGCGCAGCGCGUAUUGCCAAGUGCGGAAACGGUGCGCGCGGGUGUCAUCGUGCCCCCGUCGCUCCGGUAAGCGUUCGCGGUGGCCUCCACGUCGACUUCGCCCUGGCCGCGCGCCGCCGCCGCGUGGCAGAACGAUGCGGCCGCCGAUCUGCGGCCCGCGGCGUGCCCGUGCCAGCUAUGCUCGAGCGGCGUCACGGCCGCCGACCACCACCGCCAGCAGCAGGCCAGCCCGGCCGCGCUGGCCUCGCUGGAGCGGGAGUACGCGGCCGCCUUCCCGUACGGCGGCCCGCCGCCGCACCAGCCGGCCAUGGAGGACCUCAAACCGGUGGUCUCCUCGAGUCCCCCGCAGCAGGUGGGCGGCCACACCAGCCUCCAGGGAGGCCAACACCACCACCCGGGCCAGCAGCAGCCGCACCCGGGCCACGCGGCGGGCGGCCACGGAGGCCACGGCGGCAGCGCCUCCAAGAAGGACCUGGACCGCGUCAAGCGGCCCAUGAACGCGUUCAUGGUCUGGUCGCGAGGCCAGCGACGCAAGAUGGCGCAGGAGAACCCCAAGAUGCACAACUCGGAGAUCUCCAAGCGGCUGGGCGCCGAGUGGAAGUUGCUCUCGGAAGCCGAGAAGCGACCUUUCAUCGACGAGGCCAAGCGGCUGCGCGCGGUGCACAUGAAGGAGCACCCGGACUACAAGUACAGGCCCCGACGAAAGACGAAGACGCUGCUCAAGAAGGACAAGUACCCGUUGGCCGGUGGCUUGCUCUCGGCCGCCGACGCCGCUGCCGCCGUGCGGCCCGCCAGCGCGCCCCAGGUGCCGCGCGACAUGUACUCCAUGAACGGCUACAUGCCCAACGGCUACGCGCCCAGCGCCGCGGCGGCCAUGAUGCACGACGCGUACCAGGGCUACGGCUCGCAAGUCCACUACCCGCGCUACGACCCGCAGCUGCCCUACGUCAACGGCUCGUACGGCUCGCCGAGCCCGUACGCUUCGGUGCCCCAGAUGCAGCUCAAGUCAGGCGGCGCCGAGUCCAGUCCCACGCCGCCCCAGGGCUCGCCCGGAAACCCCCGCGGUCGCGCCGGCUGCACGCCGGACCUGCGGGACAUGAUCUCCAUGUACCUGCCGCAGGGGGGCGACGGCACGGACCCCAGGCUCGCCAUGCACUACCAGCAGCAGCAGCAGCUACAACAGCAGCAGGAGCUGCAGUAGCGCACCGACGACCAGCCCGGUGAGUGCGGCCGCACGACACGUGUGACGACGGCUGACUCUCUUCGCCUAUGGCAGGCAACCAGCGCUGUACAUACACAGAUCUCGCAGACAGAAUAACCGAGGCUCGCGCGCGGAACACGUGAGAGAGACGCGGCAUCCGUUGUUUUCCAGUGUGUUUAUUUCUUCCGUUUCUCCUGGUAGAGCAGGCACCACCGCGCACCAAAAUGCACGCCCCAAGGUUUCUCUCACGUUUGCUCAGCUGUACCGCCAUGCUGCUGCUUCUGCAAGACCUCACGCGCGAUGUGGUUCGGUUGUGCGCCCGCAGCUCGCGCCCGCUGAACACUGGGGAACUCGGCGCGCGCUUGCGUGGGUGUUGUGUGUGUGUGUGUGGUUUACGCGCGUGCGAACUCAUUGCGGACACAAAGAGAAGAGCGGGCAGGGGCACACGGUCGCGAAGACAGCGCGGAGAAAAAGGAAAGACUGCCCACUCGUCCAUCUGCAAUGCACGCGCGAAAUCCCAGCCGAGUCUCUACACUCCUUUCUACUCGCUCAGUCAGCGCCGACAAAACUUCGUCAUCGUCGUGUAUACAGGCACAAGAGUUGGAGGAGACAGAGGCUCUGUAGAGGUGGGCUUCGCCGGCCGACACGGAGUUUUGAAGGGCCCCUCGCAGUCUGCAUCAGCAGGUUCGUUAUCUCUCCAUGAUACAUUUUGUUCGAUGAUUAUUAUUUUUUUUUCGUUCGCCUCUGUCUCACUCUGUCCUUCCCCCAUCAUCUUCUGGCCGUGUGGAACCCCAUCCGCAGACGAAAAUCGGCCAAGACAGUGUGCGAUGUGUGCGUGUGUGUGUGAGAGAGAGAGACUCGAUUGUGUAUAAAAGAAGACAGAAAACGAGGAAAAAAAAAUGACAAAAAACGCCUUCCUGUUGUCGCGUCCCGUGCCGCCCUUUAUGCGCCCCGAGUUGCGGGCGAGGAAGAAAACCAUUUGUAAAUAGAUUGCACUUUCACUGUCUCAUGAACCAUGCGCGCGACACGGUCAAAAAUAAAGAACGACAACAGUGAAAAGAAAAAAAAAAUGGCCUUCGAAUA